AUGCCACCACAUUCAAAUCGUACUCAAAUUCGCGAAAGAAAAAGACGUCAAUUUACUGCACGCGAAAAACUUACAAUUUUAACAUAUCUUGAAAAACAUCCAACAAAAAGUAUUCGAUCAACUGCAAAUAUGUUUAAUAUUGAACCUGUUCAAAUUCGAAAAUGGAAA